UGCUGAUCAUCUGAAGAACAGAAAAAAUAUCAAAAAAUUAAAUAAUAAACAAUUCUACUAGAAAGAAAGGAGGGAAGAGGAAAGAGACAAGCUUUGACGUGAGCGAAAGAUUCUUCGCCGGCGUGGUCUUAUUAUUUACGGCUGGCUGCUUUCUUCUCCCGUCAAAGCUUGUUGAGAAUUGGUCUCUCUCUCGCUUCUCUGUCGGAGGUUUUUGUUUUAUCUGGGUGGGGUCAAAAGCGAAGAUGGUGAACGCUAUGGUGGAGAGAGCGACGAGCGAGAUGCUGAUCGGACCCGAUUGGGCUAUGAACCUCGAGAUCUGUGACAUGCUCAACAGCGAUCCUGUGCAAGCUAAAGAUGUUGUGAAAGGCGUUAAGAAACGGAUUGGUAGCAGGAAUCCUAAAACUCAACUUCUUGCCUUAACACUGCUUGAGACGAUAGUGAAGAACUGUGGUGACAUGGUUCAUAUGCAUGUCGCUGAGAAGGGUGUUAUUCAUGAGAUGGUUCGGAUAGCUAAGAAAAAGCCGGACUUCCAUGUCAAAGAGAAGAUCCUGGUCCUUAUUGAUACAUGGCAAGAGGCCUUUGGUGGCCCCAGGGCAAGAUAUCCACAAUACUAUGCAGGAUACCAGGAAUUGUUGCGUGCUGGAGCUGUUUUCCCUCAGAGAUCAGAGAGAUCAGCACCUGUGUUUACACCUCCACAAACACAGCCUUUGACGUCUUACCCUCCAAAUCUUCGUAAUGCUGGACCUGGUAAUGAUAUGCCUGAACCUUCGGCAGAGCCAGAUUUUCCGACACUGAGUUUGUCAGAGAUUCAAAAUGCAAAAGGUAUCAUGGAUGUGCUUGCGGAAAUGCUGAGUGCAUUAGAGCCGGGAAACAAGGAGGACCUUAAACAGGAGGUGAUGGUCGAUCUGGUGGAGCAGUGUCGUACAUACAAACAAAGAGUCGUACAUCUAAUCAACUCAACUUCGGACGAGUCUCUGUUAUGUCAAGGUCUGGCGUUGAACGAUGACUUGCAGCGGGUCUUAACCAGUUAUGAAGCAAUCGCUUCUGGAAAACCUGGAACUUCUGUUCAAGUCGAGAAGCCCAAGUCUGAGACGGGAAAAUCCAUUGUAGAUGUUGAUGGUCCUCUUAUUGAUACUGGGGACAGCAGUAAUCUGGCGAACGGAGCUACAUCAAGCUCUGGUAACGGUGUUCUAAAUCAGUUAGCCCUCCCAGCACCACCUGUAGCUAAUGGCUCAGCCAAUUCCAAGAUAGACCUCCUCAGUGGCGAUGACCUUGCCCUUGUUCCUGUUGGACCUCCUCAACCAGCAAGUCCGAUUGCAUCAGAUCAAAAUGCACUUGCCCUUAUCGAUAUGUUCUCAGACAAUACUACUAGUAGUCCAAGUAUUGCAACUGCACCUACUGGCAGUUCAGCUCCCCAGAGUAGCCCUUUGACUCCUCAAUUGCACCAGCAACCUACUAGUCAAGCUGGAGAAGCUGGAUUACAACAAUCCAAUGGAUUUUCUCCUCAAGCGGGUUAUUCACAGUUUGAGCAGCAGCCAUCAUACGGGCAAGGGGCCUCUUCUCCCUGGAAUGCUCAACCUGCACACCAGAUGCAACAAACACAACAACCAUCUUAUGGUGCCCAAGACAGUAUGGCAUUUCCACCUCCCCCAUGGGAGGCUCAGCACCAAGACUACAGUCCCACUGCAGAGUCAGGAAGUCCAUUUUCUCGUCAAAUGCAUCAGACACAAGUUGCCUUCACACAUGCUCAACAAUAUCCUCAAAUGCCCCAAACAGGACAACCAGUUAACAACAGUCCAUAUCCUCAAAUGCCGCAAACCGGUAGCGGUAUGUACAUGCAACAGCCAAUGCCAAACCAAGCUCAUCAAGCACAACAACAGCAACAGAUGAUGAUGGCUCAGUAUUAUGCUCAACAACAACAGCAACAGGCGUAUGGAACCCAGAUGGGAGGAUAUGGAUAUGGCUAUAACCAACAGCAGCAACAAGGGGGCAGACCGUAUCUGGACCAGCAAAUGUAUGGUUUAUCCAUGAGAGACCAGACUUCGCACCAUGUAUCAUCAUCAUCAUCUACCACGUCUUAUCUUCCUCCUACAAAACCUAAGAAUAAACCAGAGGAUAAGCUAUUUGGGGAUCUCGUUGACAUCUCCAAGUUCAAGCCUACUACAAAACCGACUUCGGGAAGAGCUGGUACCAUGUAAAACACACAAAAAUCCUCCAUCGAUACCUGAUUUCUGAGUAGACAUACUCCGUUUUCUUUACUCAAGCUAACUCUUCUACAAGCUUCUGAUCAAUUGAUUUUACUGUCUUGUACAUAUGUUAUCUUCUUCCUCCCUUAUAAAUUGCUGUUGAUUAUGACCGGUGAUGGAUUUGUAUAUUUCUUGUAGAGAAAGAAAAUCUUUUGUGGAGAACUCAGCCAUCGUGGAGAUUCCAUUUAUAAACCUUUUUGAUC